AUGGCAGCCUCGAAGCAGGUGCUGUCACUGCUGGUUGCAGCUCUCCUGCUGCACAUGGCCACCAUGCUGAAGAUCAGCGCUUUCAACAUCAAGACAUUUGGGGACAGCAAGAUGUCCAACCAGACCAUCGCAGAUAUCAUUGUCUCUAUCCUGUCAGAAUAUGACAUCACCCUGGUGCAGGAGGUCCGGGAUGCUGACCUGAGUGCUGUGAAGAAACUCAUUGACCAGCUCAACAGCAUGUCCCUGCACCCAUACAGCUUUUUGGAUAGCAUCCCCCUGGGCCGGACCAGCUAUAAGGAGCAGUACGUCUUCAUCUACAGGUCGGACAUGGUCUCAGUGCUGGAAAGCUACUACUAUAAUGACAGCUGCGUCUCCUGUGGGACCUAUGCCUUCAGCAGGGACCCCUUCAUUGUGAAGUUCUCCUCGCCCACCACGCAGGUGGAGGAGUUUGUGAUGGUGCCUCUGCACGCCGAGCCCAGCAGUGCAGCAGAAGAGAUCAAUGCGCUCUACGACGUCUACACUGAUGUUGUCAACAAGUGGGCAACCAAUAACAUCUUCCUCCUGGGUGACUUCAACGCUGACUGCUCCUACGUGACCAGUGCUCAGUGGCCGUCCAUCCGCCUGCGCUCCCUCGACGCCUGCGAGUGGCUCAUCCCUGACAGUGCCGACACCACCGUCAGUGACACCGACUGUGCCUACGACCGGUGGGUGCUGUGGCAGGGAGGGUGCUGGUGCAGGUGGUGCCCCAGGCACUAACACCCCUGUGAUGCCCUGGCAGCAUCGUCGCCUGCGGCACCUCGCUGCGCCAGGACAUCGAGCCCGGCUCUGCCACCAUCAAUGACUUCCAGAAGACUUUCCAGCUCCAGAGCAAGGAUGCUUUGGCUGUCAGUGACCAUUUCCCGGUGGAGGUGA